AUGGCCAAUCAAAGAUGCAAGCGUCGGAACAACAACAAAAACAACAACAACAACAAUGUUAAAUCCAAGGGCAAUCAUGCACCUCUCAGUGAGGAACAAAUUCGAUUGCUCGACAAGAUUGAUUUUCAAUGGACGCCCCGAGAAGACCUUCUCGAGACGGAAUGGAAUGCCAACUAUCAAAAGCUUGCCAACUUUUACAAUAAAAAGCAUCAUCAUCAUCAUCAUCAUCAUCCCAGGAAUAGUCAUCACAAGGCACCAUUGGAAUUGAAUAGUAGUUUGCAUCAUUGGGCGGCUAUCCAACGACGCAAACGGCAGGGUAUCAAGCCAUAUACACCUCUUACUAGCAGACAAAUUCAAUUGCUGGACCAGAUUCACUUUUCCUGGAAUCCAGAACAAGACGAACGAGACCGGCAGUUGGCCGUCUGGCACGCAAAGUACCAUGUACUCGUCAACUUUUACAACAAGCAUGGGCAUCUCAAGGUGAAAUAUGGGAGUAGUCUAUAUCAAUGGAUGGUCACUCAACGACAACGACGAUAUGGAACGGGAAAGCAAACACCACUUUCGCCGGAACAAGUUCGGUUGCUGAAUGCGAUUGGAUUUUCAUGGGCGCCGACGGGAGGACCACAUGAGAUUGCCUGGUACAACAAAUACCAAGAGCUUGCCAAAUGCUACCGGGAACAUGGAGAUUUACGAGCAGCCAUCAAGGCACCCAGUACUUUAUAUACCUGGAUGGUCAAUCAACGUCAACGACGAGCUGGGAAGGGAGAUUUUUCGCCACUGAACGAGGAACAAAUUCGAUUGUUGGAUGAGAUUCACUUUGAGUGGUCUCCAUCCGAAAUCAGUGGUGGUGGUGCAUUGGGAGGUGCUCGUGCAAUCAAAUGGCACCAGAAAUAUCAAGAGCUCGUGGACUUUUAUCAGCAACAUGGGCAUUUCAAAGUCGAAAGACCAAGUAGUAUGUACACUUGGAUGAGCAACCAACGGACCAAACGGAAGAAUACAAUACUAUUGCGACAAACGAAUAAGAAGAUACAUGCGAAAGGCCGGAUGGCAACACUGACAAACGAGCAAAUUCAGCUUUUGAAUGAGAUUGGUUUUCCCUGGGAACCAAGGAGAAAGAGAGCUCCACGACGAGUAGAUGAAGCAGCCUUAUUUUGA